GCACUAGGAAGCCUCCUGAGCAAUUUGCAGCGCUCUUUGCUGCCUUCCGGUGCUGAUACGCUUCGAUUGCUCAUAAGAAGCGCAUCACGCACAAUGAAAGCCAGCUCAACUCAGUAGGGGCUGCCCAGUUCCUACAACAAGGGCAGAUCAUGAGUGAGGGCAGCCGAACGCGCGUUGUCGUCGGCGCGGCCGCCGUCGCCGUGGGCUGGAAGCACCGCUCCACGCUCCUCGGCUACGCGACGCUGCCGGCGCGCGCGUUCGCGGGCGUCCUGCGGGCCUGGUGCAGAGGUGAGGAACCGGCGGGCCUUGGCCGGCGCGCGGCGGUGGCCGUCCAAGGCGCGCUCGGGCCGGAGGGGUCAUUUGCGCGAGACCGGCCGCUGGUAGUUGUCGGCUGCGCGGCCGUGGCUGGCGUGUCGGUCCUCUCGUUGUUGGACCGCGCAGUCGGCGGUCGCGUGCGCACGGCCCUGAGGUCUAAGACCUGCAGGAGAGCUUCAAUCAUUGUCGCCGGCUCGGCGACGGGGGCAUUCUGCAUCCUGGAGGCCUACGAAGGCUACGGCGUACGGUCCCCAGCGAUGACACACGUCCUCGUCUGUUUCGGGAUCGAGGGGAUAUCUCAGGCCGUGAUGGCAGCGGGCUUCAAAAAAACGUUUAACAGCCUGGCGGGGCGCUCGAAGACGCUCGUGUUCCUGGCGCUCAACGUCUUGCGCGUCGAGGGCCAGUCGCCGGUCGAACGCGGCGGCCUCCGCUGCUUCACGGCCUUCCUGGGCUUCUCCGCGAUCCAAGAGUUCGAAGAGAUCGCCGGCGUGCAAGUGGUGGUUCCCGUGGCUCGGGCCAUCUUAAAAUUUCUGAUUCUGCUGGACCACGCUUUGGCACGCGUGCUCAGGCACGUCGUCCGCCCCGUCGUGCUCGCCGGCGCCGAUGCCCUGGUCUUUGUUAUUAAAAGAGUCGUGCAUCCGGUGGCGCGGCUGGUCGGGCGCGCCAUGAGGUGGUCGUACGGCGUCGUAGCCAGGGCGGCGGACGCCUGCUUCGACGCCGUUUUGGCCCCGGCGGGCCGCGCGGUAAAGAAAAUCUGGUCGCGCUGUGGCGCGUUUCUGAUGAAUCGCGUCGUGUACCCAACGACUCGCUGCGCGCGGUGGGCCUACAAGCAAAUUAUUUCGCCGCUGCUGAGCGCCAUACAAGACGCGGCCGUGCCGUUCGCGAGCGCCGGGGCGGCCGUCGCGUUCGGCCAAGAGGGCGUCAAGCGCCUCCCGUCUCUAAUGAAUGCUGGGCCGUUCCUCACCGCCGCGAUAGCCUACGCUGGCGUCGCGCUGGUCGUCGCCGCCCACCGCGUCGACGCGGUCGCUGCGAAACAGCGCCGCGCGGCCUUCCGCCGCGACGCGUCCGAGGCGCGGGCCGCCGAGGUCGAGGGCCGCGCGAGCGGGCGGACGCUCGCGCGGCUGUCGGCGGUGUUGGAGCGGAUUGGCGUGGCCCUGUACAAGCAUGCCGACAUGGGGCUCAUCGACCUCGCGGUGGCCGUCGCGGCGCGUUUGGCAAAGCCGCUGGGCCGCGCGGUCGGCGUGUGCUUGAAGCUGCUAGUCCUGUCGUUCGAGGUCGCCGACUCGGUCUUUUCCGCGACGAUGAUGGCCUGCCACGCCGUCUAUAGAUACGUGCGUCAUGCUGUGGGCACGGCCGCCUCAUUCGUCAGUGACGCGGUCGUCUCCAUCUGGAAGAACCCAUUUGCAUGUCUAUUGUGUUCGAUUGCGGCGCUCGCGGCCGCCUAUUUUGCCCACGACAGAGGCGUUGAAAUUGACGCUCGCGCAACAGCAACUAAUCUAUUUGGUCCGCUCGUGGCCGUCGCGUCGCGCCUUCUGGCUGCAAUGCGCCGAACCGCGGGCGCGGCGCGCGGCCUCGUCGCCGCGGCCCUCGCGCCACGGCCCGCCUACGUGUACUUCAAGUCGUGGCGGUUCGCGAUGACGGUCGCCGUACCGCAUUUGGUCACGUCGACGGUGCUGAGGGUCCUCGGAGUGUCGAAGGCGCCGAUCAUCGAUUCCAUCGGCACGGCGUCGUCGAAAUGCGUACUCCUGCCGGUGUUUGUCUUAUCUGCGGCGAAUAGGAUGGUGGUGGCGCGGGUCUUUGUGGGUUUGGUGCAGAUCCUGGUCCUGCCGAUUCUGUUGCUUUAUUUUUGGUGCGCGCUGGGCGUGUUCCUUUAUGAGGUGCAUCAGCGGGCCCAGACGCUGUCCGAACUCUCCGAUAUGCGCGCGGGGCGGGCGAAGGCGACGGCGGAGACGGCGACCGUCGACGCGCUCGUCGCGAGCCUGGCGACGCCGGCGCGCGUCGUGCCGGCCAAGGACUGUGGCAUAUGUCUCGCCCCGCUCGACGUCACGGAACCGUUCGCGCUGCCGUGUGGUCAUCAGUUCCACAAUGACUGCGCGCGGGACUGGGUCGCGCUGAAGCGCGAGGAGGCGUGCUGUCCCUAUUGCCGGGUUAAUUUGUUUUCGUAGUA